AUUGGAAUUUUGUCGUGAAUCUGAAACGCUUGUUGAGAACAGUCAGACAAAAGAAGAUCCCGAGCCCGACACGUCGACCCUCGCCAAGGCAUUUGAGUUUAGAAGUACCGAUCUACGAAGGAAGUUUGACACCGGCGCACUUGCGUCGAGAGAAAACCCAUUUACACGACUCUUUGCACAACAACUCUUCCAGAAGCAUUUCUUAAGGCAAUAGAAGAACUACGACCGUUUGGUGAAACAAAAUGUCCUCCUUCUCCGAGCUCCUGGCUGCUGCCGCCGCCACGGUCGGUGACAACGCCAUUGACCCGUUGAAAGCCAAGGAGAUGAUGGAUGCGAAUCCGGAUAUGCUCAUCCUUGACGUGCAGGACCCAACUGCCGACUUCAAGCUCACGGUAUGAGAGUGCACAGCGGCCCCCUCCCCCUCAUUUGUGUUGGAUGAACAGCAACACAAGCGCUGGCAAAGAUGCAGCUUUUGCAUGACAAAUUUCUCGAAGACUGUAGUGCUGUUUUGGAUUGUCCCGGAAUGUGUCAUGCAAAAAGUGCUAAAAGGCAUAGAGUGGAUUUGGACUUUUGCAUGACAGGUGAAUGGAGGGGGAGUUGUGCACUUUCAUACACCAUCCCGAACUCCUACAACGCUUCUCUCGGGACCUUGGGCUUCAAAGCGGACGUUGCCAUGACGGAUUUUUUGGACAAGAAAAUCACGGAGUACCCGAAAGACAAGAACGUCAUGGUCACCUGCGGCAUCGGCGGCCAGGCCAUGCUGGGGGCGAAGCUGAUGAUCGAUUACGGGUGGAAAAACACGUUUGUCUGCAUAUGACCUGCUCAAACGUUACAAUCUCAAAUCGGUUACCAUAGAAUCUGGAUUUUGUCUUGCAUGAAAAGCAUGAGGAAGGUAUGUAGAGUUGCGCCUUUCGCAAUACACAUUUCGCCGGAUAUCAGUGGGGUUUUGGGUGCAGAGACUUGUCAUGCGCAAACCUAUGGGAUUACGGUAGACCAUGCACUUCCUGCAUCACAGAUUUCCAUAUUCUAUUGUAACGUUUGAGAUUGUAACGCUUGAGCAGGUCAUACUGCAAGGGCGGCAACGCGGCGUGGAAAGAGGCCAAGUGCCCGCUGUGUGCGGAGUAAGUAGGUUGUUGGUGCCUUCCCCCUCCAGGGACCACAGUCACAUAAUAUCCGCGUCGUGAUGCUCAUCAUGCUGUGUGUCGUCGUGAAAAGAACCUCACAAGCAACGAAAGGAGCAGUAGAUGAUCUGUGAUUAAUUUUCCCUCUUGAUGAAGAAACGUAGACGCACGUACCCGUACGGAAGCGGAAUGUUUUACGUCUUUAACUUUUUCUUGACUGGUUGUCUCUGUUUCACAAAUCAAGUCAUGCAACGCUGUGCUACUUGCUUUUACUAUAGUAAUGUGUUGCGAAAAACUUUUUUAAUUUUUGUAGCCGUUCCGGGACAGUGUCGAUUAAGUUCAACCAUAUCAUGAUGAAUUUUACGAGCAAUAAGCAAAAGAUUGCGCAUGAUCAGUGGGGAUUUAGGUACAAGUAAUUAUUAGCAAUAAAACAGUUUAAGGAAGGAAAGGGCGUCGUCCCAACACCAAUUCGUGUCCAGUACAAAACCUUGCGUAAUUUUCAUGAGUCAUGAAGAGUG